UAGGCUGCGUGUCAGAGCAGUGAACUUGCAGCAGGGCUGUGAGAACUGACUGGCUUUGUCUUCAACACUUCUUCUUCUUUUUUUUUUUUUGUCCCCCUUUCCUCCUUUUCUUUUUCUUUCACGACCUGCCGAAAGUGACCCGGGUCUGGUUUAGCUGGAGACCCCCACCACCCAUAACAUUGCCAAGGCAGAGCCGUCACCUCUUCUUCAGAACGGAUUCCCCUUUUUUUAGAUUUUUUUUGUUCAUGCACUUUUCUCGGCUUUUGUUGCUGGAGGCUGGGCCUUUCUGUCUCGUGAAAUCUUAGGGAGAGUCGGGAUCUUUUCCUCAAGCUGUCCACCGCCUCUCACUUUUUAUUCUUUUUGUGGGUGAAGCGAGAAAGCUGGUCUUUCCUGCUAACCCAGUAAUAAAUGCUGUUUAUGAAGAUGGAUCUGUUGAACUACCAGUACCUGGACAAGAUGAACAACAACAUCGGCAUUCUGUGCUACGAAGGAGAAGCAGCGUUACGGAGUGAACACAGAAUGCAACCCCUUGCAAUGCCUACUGCACUCACCAAUCAUCGGACGGGCCCACCGCCUAUUAGCCCCAGUAAGAGGAGGUACAGCAUGGACCAAGGAGAUGAUGAACUAGACUGUGAAAAUGACCAUGUCUCAAAAAUGAGCCGGAUGUUUCACCCUCACUUAACCAAGGGUUUUAAUGGAGAUUACAGAAAAGAUCCACGGGACCGAAGUCGCAGCCCAAUAGAAAGAGCAGCAGCUCCCACGAUGGGUUUACAUGCAAGUCAUAUGUAUUCUUCAAUUCCACCUGUCAGUAUGGAUCAACCUCUGGCACUCACCAAAAACAGCGACCUGUCCAGAAGUUUGGGAUUGACACAAAGUAUGAGCCCCGUGGAACGACAGCAGAACCGACCAUCAGUGAUCACAUGUGCUCCACCAAGCAACCGGAACUGCAACCUCUCUCACUGCCCAGUUGUCCAUAGCGGUUGUGUUUCGGCAGUCCCGGCAAACUUCAGACGACCAUCAAACACUUCAACUGCUUGUGAUCCUGUGGUAGAAGAACAUUUUCGCCGGAGUCUCGGCAAGAAUUACAAAGAACCCGAGCCAGUAGCAAACUCUGUGUCCAUCACUGGCUCGGUGGAUGAUCAUUUUGCCAAGGCGCUAGGGGAGACCUGGCUCCAGAUCAAAGCGGCCAAGGAUGGAGUGUCCAGCAGCCCCGAAUCUGCUUCUCGAAGAGGCCAAUCUUCUCCUUCCUCUCACAUGGUCAACCAUAAUCACUCCCCGUCUGUACUGUCAUAGAGGCAAUCUCUAUGAGAUCAGGAGCAGCUGCUUUCACUGGGCUUUGAAAAAAAAAAAUGCUAAAGAUUAGUGUCAGGGGAAGGGGAGUUAUUGUUUCUUUUGUGUACUUGCUUGGCACAAAGUGGAUGGCCUCUAAAAAAAAACCUUUUAGCAAGAACUAUUGUCCUUUUGCAUUGUAAUGUAGCAACCUAAUUUCCUGCCUCUGUUACCAAAGAACCUCUAAUGGAAGCCUGCUACCCACUGACUGACCCAACACAAAACCCACUCACUGUUGCAUCACACCAAUUGGUUGAUCCAAAUGCUUUUUGCUUACCAGCUUCUAGAAAUCGCGCGCUUUGUGCCUUUUUUUUUUUUUUUUUUACUUAUGUUGUAUUUUUCUUUUGAGUUGUAUCUUUGUGUAUAUACUUGAAAAGAACUGUCAUGUCUGAUUUGCACUAUUAAGAGAGGAUUAAGACUUUGAGAUGCUGAAAUUCAGAAGGCAACCUGUUCAGAUGUAUGGAUUGAGAAGUCAUCUGUUGAUGCAAACAUUUUUUGUGGGCUGAACCAACAGAAGCUUUGGCUAAAUGUGUCCAUACACAUUAGAUCCAUUAAUAAUGGGGGCUCCUGAUUAUCUUCCCAUAACAAAUAAAGACGGAGCCUAUUAGACUUCAAAGUGUCCACUUCUUUUUUUGUACAGGGAGAUAAGCAGCUGCCUGAGAGGUCUGGUUAGGACUUGUCUCCCUUUCCAUAUUGAACAUGUAUAUUUAUGGGGCGGUCAGGAGACAUGGCUUUAGCCAACCGCUCUACUUUGUGUCUGGCCAGCUUUAGGGAACUUUGUACACUGAGUCCUAUCUGUGGGCAGCAAACUGUGGGGCAGGGGGAGCUGAGCAGAUUGAUGUAUAGUUUUCAGUAUAACUUGUAUUUAUUCAUUUAAAUCCCUGCUCAUUCUAUGCUUAGUCGUGUGGGCAUCCUACUUACUGACUGACUGCUCUCUACAAUGAAGGCUUUCAGUCACUGAGCCACUGGACUCCUAAUUUAUUCAUUUAAAUGAAUAACUAGAAGUCAUAUAAAACAAUAUAUAUAUCAAUCUGCUCAUAUCUUCUUGCUUAUAUGAUGCUGGCGGAUCAGAUCCCAUGUUCCACGUGACAGAUUCCCUUUAAGAUUGCCUCCAAAACUGCCCAGUGUGGACCUGGCCAGAGAUGCCUCUAGUUCCAUGUGAAUUGUCGGCAGCAUUCUGUAUAUUGGCUUAGCUCUCAAAAUGUGUACAGACCGAUAGUUCAACUUACUGGAUGACGUAAUUUAAAAGGAUCCCGUCACUAUGAAAAUGCUUCCCAAUUUAUCGGCAUCAUCUUACAGAGCAGGAUGAGCUGAGCAGAUUGAUUUAUAUAGGUUUGUUGGAAAACAUUUUAAACCCCUGUUCUUUAUGGGCUUAAGAGUCCACUUAUUGGUAGCUUUCCCUAUAUCGGCAUGCUCACAGAGACAGCGGUCAGUCACUGGUUAAGAUCUUCUACUGGACUCCAAAAUAUAGAGGGGGCAGGGAUUCCCACAACUAUAGAUCAAUCUGCUCAGCUCCUCCUGCUCUAGAACCUGCUGCCUGCAGAUUGGACUGCAUGUUCAGCGUGACGGGUUCCCUCUGGGAUUUGGUAGGUCUGGAACAGAGCGUACAGAUCAGACUUUUGUUGUCUUCUGCACCUGGUCGGCAAGUCUUUCAGAAGUCCCGACACCAGGAGUCUGUGGUUUUCAGGUAUAGAGGUCUGAGAGUAAUAGUGCAUUGCGUGCAUUCUUCAUGAUAAAAUAGCUGGUAACUAUUAAUUUCAAGACAAGAUCAGAAUACUUAUUAUUCUCCUCAGAUUUAGUUUAUUUUUUAUCAGUAUAGUCCUCUGACAUACUUACUGCUGGUACAGUUGUACUCGUGUAAUAUUUUAUUUGCGGUAACCAGCUAGAGCCUCCGGACAGGCGUUGGUAAAUCGGUUUAAUUAAUUCUGAUGUGUGGUACAGGAUGCUGUGUGUCUCUGGUAAGCAAUUGCUAAGGUUGCUCCUGUUUCGUGUGUUAUGUCUUUCAGUUUGACGGUCAAAAAAAAAACAACAUUAGAUUAUAAUCCCCCUCCCCCAUAUUUUUCCAUAUCUGUUGAAUUGAUGCUUCUGGAGUGAGUUGAAAGCUUUGUUCAAGUUUGCGCCACAUAAGUACAUUCCUUUUUUUUCUUUCUUUAUGGCAAAAUCCGUUUUAUUUCGCUAGCUGUAAAUUUGCUCGAAAACCUAAAAAGGAUUAAAUAACCCAAUUUUUUUUAAAUAACUUGCUCAGCUUUAAUUCCCCCCCCCCCCCCUAUUUUUUAACAUCCAUACAUUCCAGCCUCCCAGUGAAAACGUAAGGACUUUACAUAUAUAAGUAUAUAUAUAUAUUUCAAAUAAUACACAUAUUACUGUUUUAUCUUCACAGUGCAGGAGUGAAUCUAUUGGUAGAGAAGUUUAGUUAGUCAUGGGCUCCGUUCAGCGGUGUGUGUGGCCCCCCCCCCUGCCCUUGUCACAAGCUGCUCCAUUUAAUUGUAUAUCCUAUGUUGUCACCAUGCAGGCGGCAUACAUUCAAUAUUAGCCCGAAUUCAGACAUUUCACUACUAUGUUAUUGGGUAGCCUAUGCUUUAGCGUCUGCCGUUCAAUGUAGAAAGAAAAUGAAAAGAAAAAAAAACACAAACUUUUAAAAGAACACUUUUUUUAUAUAGGUAACUUUAAGACCAUCGUUACGCUGUGCGUAAAGAAUGUACAGAAAAAUUUGUAGGUAUUUUUUUGAAGAACAAUUAAUUUGUUAAUGAUAUGUAGCUAUUUAAUUUGCCCUUUCUUUAAUUGUAAUCCUACCGUUCAGUUAUUUUUUUGGGAAUAAAAAAGUUGAUCUUUUUUUUUUUUUUUUUUUGGAUGUGCAGGUACACUUGUAUUCUAUAGAAACGCUGCAUUACUAUUGGAUAGCCACUAGCAUGUAUUUGCUCCAGUCUACUGAGUGAUACGGAGGUGGACUCUGUGCAAGUGAACACAUUGCUGUUUGUUAUCCUGGACGUAGGUUUAAAAAUAAAAUAAAAUCAUGGAAGACCCUUGGACUUGGUGGGAUUUUCUCCUUUUUUUUUUUUUUUUUUUUGUGUAAGUGUCCUGGGUAUGAAGGCAAUCUGGUCACUGCAGCCAUGCAGAAAAUGUGACUCUCAUAACAAUCUCAUAUUUGUGUGUGUGUAUAUAUACCGUAUAUAUUUGAGGGAGGGUUUUCGUAUUUCACGUGACUCUGUUGCCCUAUCUGAGAUAGGUGCGUCGUAUGCAGCACAGGCGGUCAAACCUAUACACUUAAAGAAACAGAAGCACUCAGCUGACAACCUUGUUAUUGUGUCGUUUAACCCAUGAUGCAUUAUUGUAUAGCCGUGCGCAGGUCUCUAUGUAAUAUCUGACUGCACAUUGUGUCGGUUGGUCUAGUAUUAACUAUUGGUAAUGUAUUGUGUAAUGUCGCUGGUUCUAAUACACGUCUACCUUGUAUGUGUAAUAAUACACACCUAUAGUGACCACCCUAGCCUUUAAUUUUUGGGGGAAAAGUUGAGGGGGUUAUUCUUUUUGGGAACAUCACUAGAUGUCAGACCACUGAGAGCAGUGGGUCCAGAUCCUCCAUUAGAUGAACAAUCUGGCCAUGACCUCUGAUUGUCUCCCGUGCUGCAUAGAGGCAGCCAUCUUGUGUUUGACAUCGCUGAAAAAUUAACGAUAACAAAAUUCCAGCCUUUCACCAAUUUUGAGGAGGAACAAAAGAAAAAAAAAAUUUGGGCUCUAAGAUCAAUGUGUACUUGAAACCAGCGAUAAGACAAAAAUAAAUCUGAAAAUGUCUGCAUCCCCGGAAAGGAACAAUCCACAGGACAUUUUUCAACAUUUCCAUGUUUGUAAAUCUGUAAUAUAGCGUUCUGUUUUGGCCUUGUUUCGUCUGAUUGGUAACUGAAAAAAAAAGUUUGGCAGGCCAUCUUUUUUUUUUUUGUACUUAAAAGUAGCCUUAAAGAACAAUAAAGUGCUCUUAAACCGCA